AUGUCCGACCCCUACCCCCAGCACCAGCAACCAUCCUACCCCUCUCCCGUCCCAAAUAGCGAAACUCCGUACUACUCUCCCCCGGACGGCGUCUACCAGCACGCAGGAUACGACUACGAACCGCAACAGUUCUACAAUCAACAUGCGCUGCCGAAUCAAGACCCCGCUUAUAGUUCUCAGUACGACGUGAGCCAGAUCCCUCGGUCUUAUCCGACACAAUGGAAUCCGCAGCCUGCUAGCAGCAGCAGCACCAAUAUCAAUAAUGUCAACAAUGAGUCUAAUCCUACAUCGCAUUAUGAUCCCGACCGUCUAGGACCGGGCUAUGAACCGCCUAUUCGGAGGGGGAGUAAUGCUGAUGCCCAAUCCGCCGCAGACAUGCAAGCCCUUCCUCCUUCAGCCCUGGAGACCGAACAGCAAUCCCGCACCAACGGAAAUGAUCCCACUACCGCUGGUGCUACUGGUGAAGAAGAAGGCGAGCGCAGUCUAGGUGGAGCUGUUCUCGGUGGUGCGACAGGGUACUAUCUGGGACAUAAGAAAGACCAUGGACUUUUGGGGGCAGUUGGGGGUGCGAUCUUGGGAAAUUUCGUUAGUAAUAAGAUGAAGAAGGACGAUAGUGAUGAAGAGGUGGAGGUGGAUGAUGAUCGCGAGACGGAGUACACUCGGUAUCAUAGUAGUCAUUAUCGACGGUCGUCGAGUCAUGGACAUGGACACCAUCAUCAUCACCACCAUCACCAUCAUCAUCAUCAUGGUCAUGGACAUCGGAGUCGGAGUCGAAGUCGGCAUGAGGAGUAUGAGGAGUGGUAG